UUUGACCGCGGCAAAUUGUGGACGUGUGGAUUUCUCUCCUCUACCUACCUUCUAAUAAAUCAAUUACAAGCAACUUUCAUACAUAUUAACAAUAAAUAAUUAAAAGUGUUGUAGUGUAAAAAGUAAUGUGCAUUCAUUAUUCGCAAUAAACAUGUUGAACAAGAAACUGCAAAUUCUCUCACGGCAUCUGCUCAAGCAGUAUGCUGCGCACAAAGCAUUGCGUUGCGUUUCCACAUCGAGUUACAUACACAACAUUGGCAAGGAGCCGUUGGUCUAUCGCAAUGUUGGCCAACAACUUGAGUUGGCCUCGUCCAAGUUUGGCAGCACUGAGGCGAUAGUUUCGUGUCACGAAGCUCAGCGAUAUACGUUCCGCAGUCUGCUGGAGGAAGUAAAUCGCUUGGCGGCUGGUUUCCGAAAACUGGGUCUGCAGAAGGGCGACGCCAUUGGCAUCUGGGCGCCCAACUACAUGCAUUGGUAUCUCACCUAUAUGGCAGCAGCGCGAGCUGGCCUCACAUCGGUGGGCAUUAAUCCUGGAUUCCAAGGACCUGAGGUGGCUUACUGCCUGAAAAAGGUGGACAUCAAGGCGAUUGUGGCACCCGAGGCGUUCAAGAGCACAAAGUACUAUGAGAUAUUGCGUGAGAUUUGUCCCGAAAUUGCCCAUUCGGAACCGGGCAAGAUCAAGAGCGAGGAGUUUCCACACCUGCGCACGAUCAUCAUCAACAGUCAGGAGAGCCUGAAAGGAGCCUUUCGUUUCGACGAUGUGCUCGACCUGAGCAAUGCCACGGAGCAGGCGGAAAUUGCCAAAUUCCAACGUGAGAUUUGCCCCGAGACUCCUUGCAAUGUGCAAUUCACCUCAGGCACGACGGGUCACCCAAAGGCUGCCCUGCUCUCCCACUACAAUAUUGUGAACAAUGGCAUCCAUGUGGGCAACCGGAAUGAGCUCGAGGACGAAAGGAUCUGUGUGCAGGUGCCACUAUUUCAUGCCUUUGGCGUGAGUAUCACGAUCAUGGCAGCACUGGCCAAGGGUGCCACCAUGGUGUUACCAGCUCCCAACUUCAGUCCCAAGGACUCACUAAAAGCCAUCUUCAAUGAGAAAUGCACUGUAUUGCAUGGCACGCCCACAAUGUAUGUCGAUCUGGUGCAUGCACAGCGUUCGCUUCAGUUGCCACUCGGCCCAAUCAAGAAGGCAAUAACGGGUGGUGCGAUUGUUGCGCCACAGCUCAUCCUGGACGUUAAGGAAGUGCUGGGUGUGCAGACAAUGCACAGCGUCUAUGGUCUGACAGAGUCGACUGCCGUUAUCUUCCAGUCGCGGCCGGGUGAACCAGCGGACACUGUGCUAAACAGUGUGGGAUACAUCACGGAUCAUAUCGAGGCCAAAGUUAUUGAUGCAAAUGGUUGCCUGGUGCCCUUCGGUCAGCCGGGUGAGCUGUGCGUGCGCGGCUAUCUGACCAUGCUGGGUUACCACAAGGAUGUGGAAAAGACGGAGGAGAUUCUCAGCGCCGACAAUUGGCUGCACACGGGCGAUCAGUUUGUUAUCGAAGCCAAUGGCUACGGACGCAUUGUCGGUCGUCUCAAGGAGAUGAUUAUUCGUGGAGGCGAGAACAUUUUCCCCAAAGAGGUUGAAGACUUUUUAAACAGCCAUCCUCAGGUGGUCGAAGCUCAUGUGAUUGGCGUUCCUGAUGAGCGUUUGGGUGAGGAGCUCUGCGCCUUCGUACGUGUCAAGGACGACGUUGACCCCAAGACGUUUACAAGCGAGGCUUUGCGUGCCUAUUCGAAGGGCAAACUGGCUCACUUUAAGGUGCCUCGCUAUGUUGUGCCCAUAGAUGCAUUCCCUAAAACCACGUCCGGUAAAAUCCAGAAGUUUAAGCUCCUCAAGGAAUACGAGGAUAGAUUAAAGAAGAACGAGCUUAAGUCUGUCCGCGUUUAAGUAUUAUUUGACUUUUUUGUACUUGUAAUAGUAAUUGUGCAGAUUUUAACUAUUUUACUAUAGAAAAAUAAAUGUUUUUU